AUGAAGAUUCGCUCCUCGCGGAUCUCCGGCUCCAUUUCAGAUGCCAUCCUCGCCGACUACGGCUACGACGAAGAUGAUGAUGACGGUCGCCCCGCCCAUGGCAGGAAGCCGUCGCCCUCCUGUGCCAGCAGCCUGGUCCGCCCCUUCAUCGCCUUCUUCUCUCUCUACCACCUGGCCCUCGCGCGCUACCGCCCCGCCGACUUCCUCACCCUCCGCCAUGAGGUCUGGCACGUGGACGAGGACGAGUACGCAGCCUCAUUCCAGCGCCGCGACACCACCACCAGCCACGACGACGACGCAAGGGGCCUCGACUCCCGCUCCGACUCCAACGGCGACGGCGAGCUCGUCCCCGUGGGCGACCUCGGGUACAGCGGCUCCACCUUCUUCACCACCCCCGACGGCCGCUACCUCGUCAAGUCGCUGCCGCGGCGCUUCGAGCACCGCUUCUUCACCCAUGAUCUGUUCGGGCCCUACGUCACCCACAUGAAGCGCCACCCGGGCAGUCUGCUCGUGCGCAUCACGGAUAUGCCCUACACCCCGCAGGCGACCCUCGGCGGCAUCCUCGGCAUGGCGCCCACGCACCACAUCGUCAUGGAGAACCUGCUGCACGGCAAGGAGGAGGCGAGCGACCCGGACAGCUGGGAGACGUAUGACCUCAAGCCUGACGACUACUUUUUCCCCGAACGUGACAUUGCCGACGGCCGGCUGGCCCCGCAGAGCGUCAAGGACCGCCUAGUCGACGACUUUCCCGGAGGCGGCGUGCGCGUCGACGCCGCCAUGAAGCGCCAGCUGCUCAACACCCUCGACGCCGACACGAGGUUGCUGGCCGACGCUAACGCCGUCGACUACUCGCUCUUUCUCGUGCGCUGCCCCGGCCCGGCGGCGACAAGGCCCUCGACGGCCGCGCCUGUCUCACCAUCGCCCGCCGCCUCCGAGGACGCCUGGCGCGCGGGCGUACCAUCGUCAGACGGGCGCUGGGCGUACCGCGCCAUCGUGCUCGACUUCUUCUGGGCCAAGCACAAGUUUCACGCGCAGGCCAUGACGGGCCUCGUCUCCGCCUUCAACCUCGUCGCCAACAAGGGGCCCAUGAGCAUCACGGCCCGCCCGGACGAGUACCGGACCCGCUUCCUCUCCAUGGUCGACAAUCUCGUUUCGGCAGCGGGCGAGGGGGGCGACGGAUCCGCCGGCGGAGGCAGCGGAGGGCCCUCAUCAUCGCGAUGA